CCUUAUCGUAGGUGCAGUGGUGCGGAGUGCGUCCCUAGUUGCCCGCUCCGCAUCCAACCAGCCAACGCGUCCCCAUGGCGGCCGCCGCCGCGGGGGCUACACCGGCGACUGCGAGGAAGACUCUCUUCACCACUACAGUCACCCUCCUCUCAUCCUCACUCACACGUAGCAGCAGCAGCAGCAGCCGCAGCCGCAGCCUCUCCUGCUCUGCCGCGUCCGCCGCCGCCCCGCGCCUCGCGCCGCAGCCGCCGGACCUUGUCCGGUGGGUGCAGCGCGAGGGUGGAUUCGUCCACCCUGCCCUCCGCGUCGCGAAUCACCCGGAACACGGGCUCGGGGUCUCUGCCGCCGCGCCUGACGGCGACAUCCCCCCUGGGGACGUCCUCAUCGCGCUCCCGGGCCGGCUCCCUUUACGACUACGGCGCCCCACCGGUGCCGCGGAUGACGUGCUUGUGCAGCUCGCCCAACAAGUCCCGGAGGAACUAUGGGCUAUGAAGCUGGGCUUGAGGUUGCUUCAAGAAAGGGCCAAAUCUGAUUCAUUUUGGUGGCCGUAUAUUGCCAAUUUGCCAGAGACAUUUACUGUUCCAAUCUUCUUUCCUGGGGAAGACAUAAAAAACUUGCAGUAUGCUCCUCUCCUCCACCAGGUUAAUAAAAGAUGUCGUUUUCUCCUUGAGUUUGAGAAAGAGAUACAGCAGAAGCUUCAUACUGUGCCCUCGGUAGAUCAUCCUUUCUAUGGACAAGAUGUAAAUUCAUCUUCCCUUGGAUGGGCUAUGUCAGCUGCCUCUUCUCGUGCAUUCCGAUUGCAUGGUGAAAUCCCAAUGUUGUUGCCUCUUAUUGAUAUGUGCAACCAUAGUUUCAACCCCAAUGCUAGGAUCGUUCAGGAAGGAAGUGUAAACAGCUUAGAUAUGUCAGUAAAGGUUGUCGCUGAGAAGAAGAUUGAGCAAAAUGCAUCAAUAACACUGAACUAUGGCUGCCACCCAAAUGAUUUCUUUCUUCUUGAUUAUGGAUUUGUGAUAACACCGAAUCCUUACGAUCAAGUGGAACUAAGUUAUGAUGGAACCCUUCUUGAUGCUGCAAGCAUGGCAGCAGGAGUCUCUUCUCCCAACUUUUCAGCGCCAGCCAAGUGGCAACAAGAUAUAUUGUCACAGCUAAAUCUGCAUGGAGAGGGUGCCAUUUUAAAGGUAAGCUUAGGAGGCCCAGACAUUGUUGAUGGACGCUUGUUAGCUGCUCUAAGGGUGCUUCUUGCGGAUGAUCCAGAGGCUUUGCACAAGCAUGACCUGAAAACACUGAUGUCCCUUGAUGUGCAAGCUCCUUUAGGCCCCGCUAUUGAAGCAUCAGCACUCCGAACAGUUCUUGCCCUUUGUGCGAUUGCUCUCCAACACUUCCACACAAAGAUAAUGGACGACGAGGCCAUUCUAAGAGGGGGGCCACCUCUUACCACGGAGCUGGCUGUCCAGUUUAGAUUGCAGAAGAAGUUCAUGAUCGUUGACGUGAUGCAGAAUGUCAGCAGGAGAAUCAAGAUGCUAUCGCCGCAGAAAUCCACCGCGUAGUUCUUUAAUUUGUCAUCAGACAAUCAGUUACCACUCUGUACUGGCUACUGCAGAUAACACAAGCCCCAGUUUUGAUUAUGUAGCAUAUUCUUGUCAUCCUACUUCCAAUGCCUGAUAUUGAAAAGUUACAUCUGCAUGAAUCUAAGGGUGUGCAGUGUUUUCAUGGAACAAUCAAUUACUUUACUCUACUGAUUACUGCGUAUAAUAAUAAGCCCCAAUUUUGACGCUUGUACCA